GGGCUCUGGCCACCCCAGAGCCACCCCCCUGACAUGGCGUCGGGUGCCGGGGGGUGCCGGCGCGCCCCACGGCUCUGUGCGGCCGGGCCAUGGAGCGGAUGGAGGUGACCGAGACCUUCGCCGGCAUCUCCCUGCCCGGCCACCUCCACACCCCGGAGUCCCUCGGCUUCGCCGCCGCCUUCCCCUUCCGCCCCACCGACGUGGUCAUCGCCACCUACCCCAAAUCGGGCACCACCUGGAUGCAGGAGAUCCUGACGCUGCUGUUCAGCCGCGGGGACGCCGUGCCGGCCAAGACCAUCCCCAACUGGGAGCGGGCGCCCUGGCUGGAGCAGAUCUACUUCAGGGCUGCGCUGCGGGACACGGCCGCCCCCCGCCUCAUCACCACCCACCUGCCUGCCCGCGUCCUGGCCCCCGCCCUGCAGCGGAGCAAGGCCAAGGUGAUCUACGUGGCCAGGAACCCCAAGGAUGUCGCCGUCUCCUUCUACCACUUCCACCGCCUGGCCAAGUUCCUGCCCGACCCCGGUUCCUUUGACACCUUCCUCGCGCGGUUCCUCGACGGCACGGUGCACUACGGCUCCUGGUUUGACCACGUCAAGGGCUGGCUGGGCCAGCGGCAGCUCCUGGACAUUUUCUACGUCACCUACGAGGAGUUGCACCAGGACCUGCGUGGCACAGCGCAGCGGCUCAGCACCUUCCUGGGCUGCCCGCUGAGCCCGGAGACGCUGGGAGCGCUGGAGCAGCACUGCAGCUUCACCGCCAUGCGGGACAACGCCAUGGCCAACUACAGCCUCAUCCCCCCCGAGAUCAUGGACCACAGCCAGGGAUGCUUCAUGAGGAAAGGCGUGGUGGGCGACUGGCGGGACCACUUCUCCCCCCUGCAAAACACCCUCUUCAACCGCCUCUACCAGGAGGAGAUGGGCGACUCGGAGCUGCCCGUGCGCUGGCCCAUGGCUUGAGGGAGCCCGGGGAGGGGGGGGGGCACCCCCCAUCCUGGGGACAGGGGGCUUUUCCAGCCACCAUCCCCAUGGCCUUCCUUCCCCUGGGGUGGGGGCAUGUAGCCGUGACCCCCCCUUUCUUCCUCCCUGCGGAAAUAAAUAUUUAUUGCUGUCCUCA